UUUAUCUGUGCACUGUGGUUUAAAUAGUUGACGGAAUUUCAAGACCCUGUGACAUCCAGGAUCAUUUGGAAUAAACCAGUUGCAGUCAAUAUGAUGCACAUUUUGCUGGUACUUCUUAGUAUCGCGAUACUUUCCACUGCGCAUGCGUUUAGCGGCAAUGAAUUGACUGAGAUGCUGAAGGAUGGACUGGGUAACGUCGUUAAGGAGACAAUUAACGGUGUUGUAACGUUAGAAAAAGGAUCCAUUCCAGUAUGGCUCUCAGGAAACUUUAUUAGACAUGCAUGUGGUGUGUUUGGUGAGACAAGUCAUAGAAACAAAGAUUUACCGAACUACAUUGAACAUUUGUUUGACUGUUUCGUAAUGGGAAGCAAGUACAGUAUAGACAAUGGUCAGGUGACAUUUACAAACAGAUGGUAUGAUACAACUGUUGAAGACAUUUACAAUUCUUAUGGUCGUGAGAUGAAUGCGUCUUCUAUGUUUGUACACUCUGUGUUCUCGAAAGUAAAUGCAAAACAGAUUGACAAGUGGAAUGGCAACAUGUCGUCGCAUAGCAAAGUGAGUGAGAUACCGAACGUUAGUUGGUGGCUGGUCGAUAACCAGGCCAUUGCCAUGACGGAACAGCCUAUAGGUGUAAUAAUUGAUCCACAUGACGUUGUGCAGAAGGGGUAUAUGCAAUACGACGAUGACAACCUUGGAGUCCCGGACACACAGCAGUACCUGUUCAGCAACAAUCCAGCCCACGAGCAAACAGAGCCAGACGGCACACUCUGGAGUACAGUCAGUGUGGUGAAGUUUGAGACCCCUUCUCACCUCAAAAUCCGGCGAAUCGUUUACAAAAUCGGUGCCGACACAGUGCGUCACGUCGUCGGUACAUAUCACUACGAGGACUCGGACAUCACGAGAUGCAAGGGCGAUAACUCCUACCCAGAUUUUGGGGCUAGAUUCGGAUACCUUCAUUCUUUUGCAAUGACAAAGAACUACAUCGUUUUACCCGAAACAGCAUUUAUGGAUGAUCCGUGUGUAUUUACCCGGUAUGACCAGUACAAACCAUUCUUUCCACAAGGGUUUCGAUAUGAACCAAACGGUUACUCACGACUUCUGGUCAUGAGAAAGUCAGACGGAGUAUUUAUUGCCAACAUCACCAUGCCUCCAUUCUUUGCUACACACCAGCUUGGUGCGUAUGAAGAUGGUAACCUCAUACACAUGGACAUGUUGACAUACAAUGACUCCGGUAUUUACGACAGGCAUAUGUUCUUAGACAAUCUGCUGAGUGAGAAUCAAUACACAACAGAUAUCUCACGCAUUACAAUUAGCUUGUCUGGCAUGUCAGCGCGCAUGCGUAGUCUACGUGCAAACGGAAAACCACCGACCGCUUUUGAGAUGCCGAAUAUUAACUACGACUACUACGGAAAGAAGUACACAUAUGCGUACUUGGCAAAGAACUUUGACAGAAGAGAUCAAAAUGCCAUUACAAAAUUGAACGUAGACACGGGUGUGGAGAUAGAGUUUGUGCUGCCUGAGGGUAUGUUCGUACAGGAGCCGCAGUUUGUAGCGAGACCAGGUGCAGUGUUUGAAGACGAUGGUGUCAUAUUGGCUCAAGGUGUGGAUGGCCGGAAGCAUAAAGCAUUUAUGGUCAUUGUCGAUGCAGGGACAAUGAUGUUGAUUGGUUACGUGACAGCCCCAGAUAUAGCACUUUUUGGUUUACACAAUAGGUUCUUUCCCAUGAAGGUUGGUAGGACGACCGUCGAUACACCUGGGGGUAUUGUGGGAUAACAUGUGAAGCAGUUGUAUAUGUACGUUAGACUGAUGUUUUGAAAAAAUAAAUAGCAAAGAUGAAAUAGAAA